CCAAUUAUCCAGGCGAUGCCAUGUCGCUCCCCGGUCUCGAUCUAACACAACCCUCGGCGGACCGCGAGUUCGCCCCGGCCCCGCCCUCUCAGAUCAGCCUCUCCAAGGGCUCCGAGUGGCGGUUCGAAGUUGCCUUUGGCACGACCGUCCGCGUAAAGCUCUUAGCCGGAACCGCCGAACUCUUCGGUACCGAACUAGCCCCCUCCCAAACCUACACCUUCUCCGGCACCAAAGCAGCAAUCUACACCUGGCAUGGAUGCACGUUAGAAGUCAGCGCCGGAGAGGUCAUCACCGGCCUGGACAGCCUCGCUCCGGGAGGAACGAAUGGAACAGCGACGCGCGGACUCGGCGCGGGCGGCUGCCAGAGCGAGUACGUGGCGGAGGAAACACCGAUGAUUGAAUAUGCGAACGUGCAUUUUGCGCUGGAGACACUACGACAGGAGGCCAAGGCGACGGGGAAGGAUGGCCCGCGGGUGCUGAUUCUCGGACCUGAAGACGCGGGCAAGACGAGUCUUUCGAAGAUCUUGACGGCGUAUGCGACUAAGGUGGGCCGGCAGCCGCUGGUGGUUAAUUUGGAUCCUACGGAGGGAAUGUUGAGUGUUCCGGGGACGUUGACGGCUACGGCGUUCCGCACGAUGAUUGAUGUCGAGGAAGGCUGGGGAAGUAGUCCCAUGUCCGGGCCGAGUGCGGUGCCGGUGAAAUUGCCUUUGGUGUACUUCUAUCCGAUGCAGAAUCCGUUGGAGGCCGAUGGGUCUGUGUAUAAGUCUAUCGUGUCGAGGUUGGCGCUGUCGGUGACGGGGAGGAUGGCCGAGGAUGAGGAUGCUAGGGAGACGGGCAUUAUUGUGGAUACGCCGGGGAUUUUGAGUCAGAGUAAAGCUGGGAAUGUCGAGAUGAUUAAUCAUAUUGUGACGGAGUUUGCGAUUACGACGAUUCUGGUUAUCGGCUCCGAGCGACUGUACAGCAUCAUGAUGAAGAACUUUGAUAACAAACCUACGGCCAGUGCGUCUGCAGCGGCGUCGGAUGAGCGUAUUUCGGUGAUCAAGCUGUCCAAGUCCGGGGGUUGUGUUGAUCGUGAUGCGGCGUUCAUGAAGGCUGUCAGCGAGUCGCAGAUCCGGACAUACUUCUUCGGCAACCCAAUCCCUUCAACGGCAUCGGCGGCGCUGUCACUGUCUGCGUCGUCGUCGUCGACAAAUGUUACGUUGUCGCCGCAUGCGCAGCAGCUGGACUUUGGUGCUUUAGCGGUCUACAACUACACCAUUGCCUCAGCAGAGGAGGACGAAGAUGAGUACGACCCGUCGCAGCUGGGUACCGGCGAUGCCUUCCUCCCCGGUGGGAGCAACGACGUGGACCUGGGACAGACUCCGCAGGAAGAGACCCCGGUAGCACCGACGCUGCCUGGGAUUGCCGGACCGGUGAAGGAGACGGUGACGCCGGCUGGGUCGUCCAACGUGCCACUGAAGAAGGUGCUACCUCCUGCGCCGACAGCGCUGGCUAAUUCGCUGCUGGCCAUCACACAUGCAAGCUCGACGGCCAGCCCGGCGGAUGUGCGCGAUGCCAGCAUCAUGGGCUUCCUGUACGUAGCGGACGUGGACGCGGAGAAGGGCAAGAUCCGAGUGCUGGCGCCGGUUGGAGGUCGCGUGCCACCGCGGGCGAUUGUAUGGGGGAAGAAAUGGCCUGGAGAGGUGGUGGGCUUAGUGGGAUAAUACCUAGUUACAUAGCAG